AUGGUCGAAUUCGGUACUCUCAUCCCCCCCUUCACCCAGUACCAGUACCAGGACUCCUUCUUCGGAGGCGAGGCGCCUCUGAGUGUUGGAGUUGGUUACGCUGUUGUGCUUGGUUUCGGUCUCUUCUUCAGUAUCCUUACCACCAUCAUUGUCUACGUCAACCGAUUCUUUGGAUCCAAGGGAGAUAUCACCUCGGAACAUUUCAACACUGCUGGACGUAUGAUCAAGACCGGUUUGACCGCCAGUGUGAUUGUCAGUCAAUGGACAUGGGCCGCUACCCUUCUCCAAUCCUCGAAUGUUGCCUGGGCUUACGGUGUUUCGGGUCCUUUCUGGUAUGCCUCUGGAGCCACCAUUCAAGUGUUGCUCUUUGGUGUCUUGGCCAUUUCCCUCAAGAAGGUCUCUCCCUCGGCCCACACUGUGGCUGAAAUUGUCAAUGCACGAUGGGGACGCAAUGCCCACUUGACAUUUCUCUUCUUUUGCUUCAUGGCCAACAUUAUUGUUACAUCCAUGCUUUUGCUGGGUGGAGCUGCCACUGUCGAAGCCUUGACCGGUAUGGAUUACAGGCUGGCAUCCUUUCUUAUCCCCUGGGGUGUCAUUCUCUACACUGCUUCUGGAGGUCUCCAAGCUACUUUCUUGGCCAGUUACAUCCACACUGUCAUUAUCUACGCCGUCUUGAUUACCAUGAUUUUCAUUGUCUACGUCAAGGUGUACUCCAGUGAUGUCAUUUACGACUUCCUCGACCGAACUGUCACCUACAGCCUCGACGAAUGUAAGGAAAUCUUUAGCGAUAAAGAUGGAGUGACUUUCUUUGAACCACAAAAGUAUGCUUGCGGUCCUGUCCCCAAGAACCACGACGGAUCCUACUUGACCAUGCUCUCCGGUGACGGUCUCAUGUUUGGAGUCAUCAACAUUGUUGGAAACUUUGGAACCGUCUUUGUUGAUCAAUCCUACUGGCAAUCUGCCAUUGCUGCCCGCCCCAGCAGUGCUGCCCGUGGUUACUUGCUUGGAGGAAUUUGCUGGUUCGCCAUUCCCUUUUCUCUUGCCACCUCUUUGGGUCUUGCAUCCACCGCCUUGAUGCUUCCCAUUACCGCUUCAGAAGCUGGAAGUGGUUUGGUCCCACCUGCUGUCGCCACCCACUUGAUGGGAGAUGCCGGUUCUGCUUUGAUUCUUGUCAUGCUUUUCAUGGCUAUCGUGUCCACUGGAUCUGCCGAGUCCAUUGCCGUCUCAUCCUUGGUCGCAUACGAUAUCUACCGUGAAUACAUCAACCCCGAAGCCACUGGUGAUGAUAUCCUCAAGGUCUCCCGUAUUGUCAUUGUCGCCUUUGGUCUCUUUAUGGGUGUCUUCUCCAUUGUCCUUUUCGAAAUUGGACUCAACUUGGGAUGGGUCUACUUGUUCAUGGGAGUCGUUAUUGGAUCUGCCGUCAUUCCUCUCUGGAACAUGAUGACAUGGAGCAAGGCAUCCGGCACUGGUGCCAUUAUUGCUGCCUGGUCCGGACUUUUGCUCGCUAUUAUUGGAUGGCUCUGUGCCGCCAAGAUCCACGGUGGCUCUGUCUCUGUUGCCACUCUUGGAGCCAACGAGGUCAUGCUCAGUGGAAACUUGAUUGCCAUCUUGUCCUCUGGUGCCAUCCACUAUGUGUACUCUGUCUUUAUCGAUCCCCAAGAGUACGACUUUGCCGAACUCGAUCAACACAUCACUUUGGUCGAAGAAGACAACCGUGGUCUUACCGAUGAAGAGAAGAACCCCGUCGAACUCCGUCGUGCCGAACGCUGGAUCACUCGUCGUGGAUACGUCCUUACACUGGUCCUCAUUGUCAUCUGGCCUCUUCUCUCCGUCCCUGCCGGAAAAUUCACACAGAGUUACUUUGCCUUCUGGGUCUUGGUUGCCAUUGCCUGGGGUUUCGGAGCUGCCAUUAUCAUCACUGUCCUUCCUUUGGCCGAAUCUCAGGAAGAUAUUGGAACGGCUCUCACUGGAAUCUGGAACAUGAUCACUGGACGCGAGGCAGCCCGCCCCGAAGGAUUCGACGAACAACAGGAAGGACUUGUUGCUGGAGGCGCACCCAAGACUGUCGGUGAGGAUGAUGAAGAGGCAAUUUCUCCUGUCGCCAAGAUGGAAGAAGAAGAAAUUGUCCACGAGGUGGAUGCCUAA